UCCUGUCGACUUCUUCGGUGAACUCCCACUCGCCCAGUGUCGGUCAGGUUGGUGAAUACAUUACUACGCUCGUUGAUAGAGUCGGCAUGGCGGCGCAUCCGGGCUCAGAGCUGUAGUCAAGAUGACUGAGAAAGAGUGGGGCGGAGAUCCGAGGCUGGGAGUAGAGCUCCUUCUCUGGGAUAUUACAAUGAGCCUGAUCCUCAUGUUGGUGAACAGCAGGGCUCCCACUAGUCACUAUCUCCCUUAUCGAUUAAUAGGAGUGACUGUGGAUUAAACCCAAAGAUCAUAAGUAUGACAGCCAUGGCUACAAUCCACAAACCGUUUGUUGGCUCUUUGGACGGAUGACAUCUUUAAAGUCAACUUCAAGGCCCAACCUCCAAGGACAUUGUGAGUGCUUCUAAAGAUGUCUGAUAGUGUUGAUAUUGAAGAGAAACCACCAGCCCCCCCCUUGAGAAUGAACAGUAGUUCCCGAGACUCUUCACUGAAUCACGCCACUAAACCGCUUCCAAUGGCUCCUGAAGAGAAAAACAAGAAAGUCCGCCUGCGCUCCAUCUUCCCUGGGGGAGACAAGACAAACAAGAAGAAGGAGAAGGAGCGUCCUGAGAUAUCCCUCCCCUCAGACUUUGAACACACCAUUCAUGUUGGCUUUGAUGCUAUAACAGGAGAAUUCACAGGUAUCCCGGAGCAAUGGGCCCGGCUCCUGCAGACCUCGAACAUCACCAAACUGGAGCAGAAGAAGAACCCGCAGGCCGUGCUGGACGUCCUGAAGUUCUACGACUCCAAAGAGACCGUCAACAACCAGAAGUACAUGAGCUUCACAUCGGGAGACAAGUCGGCACAUGGGUACAUCGCAGCAAACACUCUGAACCGGCUGCUGUCAUCCGGGCCUCCUGUCAGCCUUAGAACCUGCAGCGCAUUAUUUGACAAGGGUGCCAAAACAUCAUCGUCAGAGCCUCCAAUCGCUCCACCUGUGUCAGAAGAAGAGGAUGAGGAAGAAGAGGAAGAGGAGGAAGAAGAGGAAGAAGAGGAAGAUGACGACGAACUGCCCCCGGUCGUCGCACCUCGGCCCGAACACACCAAAUCUAUCUACACGCGCUCCGUCUUGGAGCCCAAGCCCCCGACCCCCGUGAAGGAAGUGGUGACUCCCCCAGAGUCGCUGGUCCAGCCCGACAACAUGUCCAACACGAUGUACCGCCACACUGACCGCCAGAGGAAGAAGUCCAAAAUGACAGAUGAGGAGAUUCUGGAGAGACUCAGGAGUAUUGUGAGCGUGGGGGAUCCCAAAAAGAAAUACACACGCUUCGAGAAAAUAGGACAGGGAGCGUCCGGCACUGUGUACACUGCUAUCGACAUAGCAACUGGCCAAGAGGUGGCCAUCAAGCAGAUGAAUCUGCAGCAGCAGCCCAAGAAAGAGCUGAUCAUCAAUGAGAUCCUGGUGAUGAGGGAAAACAAAAACUCCAAUAUAGUGAACUACCUGGACAGUUACCUGGUAGGAGAUGAGCUAUGGGUGGUGAUGGAGUAUUUGGCCGGUGGCUCGCUGACAGAUGUAGUGACUGAGACCUGCAUGGACGAGGGCCAGAUAGCUGCGGUCUGCAGAGAGUGUCUUCAAGCCCUGGAUUUCCUACACUCCAACCAGGUGAUCCACAGAGAUAUAAAAAGUGACAACAUCCUCUUGGGAAUGGACGGAUCCGUCAAGCUCACCGACUUCGGCUUCUGCGCUCAGAUCACUCCGGAGCAGAACAAGCGCAGCACGAUGGUGGGAACGCCCUACUGGAUGGCCCCGGAGGUGGUAACUCGGAAGGCUUAUGGCCCGAAAGUGGAUAUCUGGUCUCUGGGGAUCAUGGCCAUAGAGAUGGUGGAGGGAGAGCCGCCCUACCUGAAUGAGAAUCCACUCAGGGCGCUGUACCUGAUAGCUACCAACGGGACCCCCGAGCUGCAGAACCCAGAAAGGCUCUCCUCGGUGUUCAGAGACUUCCUCAACCGCUGUCUGGAGAUGGAUGUGGACCGCAGAGGCUCUGCCAAGGAGCUGCUCCAGCAUUCCUUCCUCAAGCUGGCGAAGCCUCUGUCCAGCCUGACACCUCUGAUUGUAGCUGCGAAGGAAGCCAUAAAGAACAGCAGUCGCUAGUGCGUGCCCUCUGUCCCCACCCGAGGCUGGAGCCCUGCCUGGGGUGUGUGCGUUUCAUGGGGGGCAGGGGCUUGGGUGUAUGGGUGGUGGGUGACGUGACGGCACAAGGAUGGAGGGUUUUGUGUGACUUACCGUGACAGCACGAGGACAAAAGACCCCCAGGCCUCAGACGUAGGACGGACAUCUGGCCUUGAAGCUCUCGGCCCAACGCUGCUGAAAAGACCUUGCCUCCUUGUUUACUUCUCCAGCACUCUGUACAUGUAGAGGCAGUCCAUCACAAGUGUGUGGUGUGUGUGUGUGUGUGUGUGGUGUGUGUGUGGUGUGUGUGUGUGUGUGUGUGUGUGUGUGUGUGUGUGUGUGGGUACCAAUUGUGCACAUCUGUUUAUGUCAUAUGUCUGGUUUGGCAGCACUUGCUCCCGAAACCAAGAUAAUACGGUGAACAAAUCCAAAAGAACAAGCUCGUUUUCAAGAAGUAACUUCCGGAGCGGAGACUGGGAAACUGACACAACUGAAGAGCCUGUGUUAUCUUCGCUGCCCGGCUGUAGGCUUGGUUUUCCUUCCCUCCAUGGAGCACAAUCAGGCCACACUUGCACCUUUAGUGACCAUCUGAUGUGAGAAAGUGACUCCGGACCCAACCUUUGCCUGCAUGACUACGGCUCUGUGGAGAAACACUGCUCCUCCUCUGCAGAUUGUAACAUCUAUGUAUGUGUAUGUUUGUGUGAGUGUGAGUGUGUGUAGGGGUGCAGCUACAGGGGAAUAAGUCAGGUAUAAUUUCACAUGACCUAGGCCAGCUUUAAACAUCCUUCAUUUAUCCCUUUCAUAUCAGUGAAGUGAUACGGGUCCCAUAUUUUAUUUAAGCCAAAUUCUGUCAAAAUCUCUCUUAAAGAGUCACUGGAGUUCAGGUUACCUGCAGUUCAUUUCUCUCUAAAACUGGCAACAUAAUGGUUUGCCUGCAUGUAACAUCGAAUUUAAAACAUUUGUGACUCAACUGUAGGUCGCACAGGUACAAAUAUGUAUACACUUGUGCUUUCUUAUCAAUUUCAAGUGUUAUGAUGUAGAUAGAGACACUUGAACGCACAGUUUAAAUCAACAUUUGGUACUAAACACACGCAGAAAUGAUCAGAAUAAUAUAAAAUAAUGUCAACUUCAUUACUAAUCCUUUUGUUGCGUACGUGCAUACUGUACAUGAACUGUAGCAUUCAUAGUGUGACAAAUAGGGUUAUCCAUAUAGCUAUUCAGUUUGUGUCACUGUGACAGGCUUUGGGGGAGAUAAUUCAACAUCUAUGUUAAUCGAGCCAUUCUGUGUAUUACAUUUGACAAUUAGCUAUAUAAUAGAAAUCCAAAUACUGGAUCAAAGACUCAACAGAAAGGAUACAUGUUUUUAUUUUAAAAUAUCUAUAUUAAAGGUGCUUGCAUACAAUGGACCAGCCUUUCUAAUUACAUGUUUUUCUACAACAGUGGCAAACAGAAGGCUGUGUAAUUAUUGACCUACAGUGAGUUAAAGGUCUAAUGCCGCCCAUUCUCACAGUUUCCCACAGUGCCCCACGCAUCCCUGUGACCUUAAACCUUAAACAGGAAGGAUGACGCUUGGCAACAACAUAAAGAUAAUACUCUGAAUAUACGGUAUAUUUAUUCCAACAUUGUUAGUCGGAUCAGCAACUGCAACAGGUAGAAAAACAUUGAUUAUUUAAUCCAUUAUUUAUGGUGACUUAAAUGUAAAAUGCAGAUUCAAUAAGAUUAUUCUCCCAUUUGGAAGAUUACUGUUUAGUGGUCUUACUAUCCAACAUUACAGAAUACAAUACGCAACUGUGACUAUACAUGAUGAGGUUGAAGGCCUAUCUGUUAAGGUUAAACAUUAAUGUCUAAUGAGGAAACAGGAACCCACUGUCCUCCCGGCCCACCUGCCCCCCGUCUUCUCAUGUUGGUUUUCAUUCAGUGUCCUUUUGUGUGUUUCUGUCAUAUGAUCCGUACGUUUUGUAGUGGGCUUUUGGAACGCGUGGCUGAUCAAAGAGGGGGAAUGUUAUCCACUGAGUGAAGCUGGGAGUAGAGUGGAUGCCAUUUUAUGAUUGUACCUUAUCCUAAUGAGCGUUGGAAACAGAAACCGAAGAAGAGGUUCAUUUUGUUGCUAUCAUUCCUUCCACUCUUGGUUAGCGUUUCAUCUCAUUCCUGUACAGAGGUUAUCUACAUUGUGUCGGUAUUUGGUAGCUUCGUCAGGCAUUUCCCAUGUAGCAUCCCUCUGUGUGUGAGUGUGUGUGUGUUAUAGGGGCUACCUCAAUCUGCACUAGAAGAUGCCUCACUCGUGUUGUCCACCUUGACUUUGAGGUGCAGAGUAGCUGCUUAGUCUUAUUGUACCUCCAUUUUACAACAAGUGAACAGAAGGUGGAGUGAUGUUAGACAGGAGGGUGCAACAGAAUCCAUGCAUGUAAAACAAACUAUACACUGUAUCUCAUCUUCAAAUAGGUUAAGAUUGUUAGGAUAUGUAUGUAUGUAUGUAAAUAUGAUGGGAAAACCCCCCUUUUUUCAGAAUUACGUAACUUUAAAUGACAAUAUUCAGGUUGCUCAAUGGUAUGUAUCGAUAAAUGUUUUGCACCCUGAAAAUCAAAAGAGAAAAACGAACACACACUCUGCAAUCCUGGAUCCGGCUCUAUGGGACACACAGUCUGUCAGUACCACUGCUGAGUGUUAGUACAUGUGUGUGUGUGUGUGGCUGGACUGACAUGAGGCUCCGCCGGCCCCCGUUUGGCCCCCCGCCCCCAUGUACAGGUCUGAACUAUGAGCACAAAGGUGAAUUUUGGGACAAGAGACACCGCCGACGUGCCCCUCUUCUGUGGUUGCUCCUGUACAUUCCUAUCUUCUGAAUGUGUAAACCUGUACACGUGGUGUGAAAAUUCCUCUAUUAAUGUGUAUCAAGAGAAUGGAACAAAGACAAAAAAUGUUACUUUUUAAAUUAUUAUCAUUAUUAUUACUCUUAUUAUUGUCUAGCUUUGUAAAAACUGCUGAUCCAUCUGGCAUACCUCAGCAGGCCUUUCCCCAUCUUUGAAAAAGGACAAACAAGCGACGGGGAAAUGAGGUUUUGGAUAAACUAUUUUUAAUCGUGGUUGAAGCAAUAGACUUUUUGAACUUUUAAUUGUGCAUGGCUGUGUCUUGAGUGUAACAAAAAUAUUGCAGUUUGGGAACUGGACUGAAAUAAAAAGAGGAAGAAAAACCA